AUGGGAAGCACCGUGGCCAACGGCAUCAACGCCAACUCGUCCCUCGACGACUUGCAAACCGAUGAGCAGCGCCGGGUUCUCGACACGGUCUCCAAGGUCCGUAAGUGCGGACUAGACAGUGUUCUUGACUUGCCUCAGAUCGUAGUCUGCGGCGACCAGUCCUCCGGAAAGAGCUCGGUCCUUGAGGCUUUGACGGAGAUUCCAUUUCCAAGGAACGACAAUCUUUGCACUCGCUUCGCUACGGAGAUCAGUCUUCGCCGAGAGCCCACCAACAGCCUGGACUUGAAGAUCAUUCCAGGCAUGAAGCGCACCAAGUCUGAGCAAGAGAAAAUGAAGAACUUUUCAGAGUCCAUCACGGACCUCAAAGAGCUUCCACGCAUCAUGGACAAGGCCAUGAGUAUCCUGGGCAUCUCUGACGGCCAGAGCGCCUUUGCAGAGGACACCCUCAGCAUCAAGAUUCAGGGGCCUGACCGCCCACAGCUUACUCUUGUGGACAUCCCAGGUAUCAUUCAGUCUUCAACCAGGGGUGUAUCCGAUGCCGAUGUCGCCAUGGUCGCGGGUAUCACGGAGCGCUACAUUGAACAGCAUAGGACCAUUUGUCUGGCCGUUGUCUCUGCAACCAAUGACGCCGCUAAUCAGCCGAUCCUCCAGCAUGUCCGCAAGUUCGAUCCGCGCGGCGAGCGAACCCUUGGUGUCAUCACGAAGCCUGAUCUUCUAAGUGCUGGCUCGGGCUCGGAGUCCAAGUUCCUCGAGCUCGCUCGCAAUGAGGACGUUAUUUUCAACCUCGGCUGGCACGUAAUCAAAAACCGAAAGUUUGAAGAGUCCAACUUUUCCAUCGACGAGCGCAACCUAUCUGAGAAGAUGUUCUUCACUACGUCCAAUUUCAAAUCUCUUCCUAAAGAGAACGUCGGCAUCGACACUCUUCGGGUGAAACUCAGCCAGCUGCUGUUCGAGCAUGUCAAGAACGAGCUGCCUCGCCUUGAGAAGGAUAUCGAGGAAGCUCUCAAGACUGCGGAAGACGAGCUGCAGCUGCUUGGAAUGCCGCGUUCAACCGAGUCCGAGUGCCGCGAGUUCUUCGCGGACCUGAACUUGAAAUCUUUCGAGUUGUGCCGGGCCGGGGUGAGUGGCCACUAUGAGAACGCCUGGUUCAAGAAGGGCAAAUCCAUCGUGAAGGACUGCGACAUCCCGAUCCGUCGAAUCCGGGCUAUCAUUCAGUGGGCCAACACCAAGUUUGCCGACGAGUUUCGACUGAAGGGCCACAAGUAUGAAAUUCAGCUGAGCGAGUCCAAGUCGACGUCGUCGAAGAACCCCAAAGCGCUCUGCAAGAAAGACGCCUUGAAAUGGGUCAAGAGUGUCCUCCAGCGUGCGCGUGGCACAGAGCUGCUCGGAACUUUCAACCCCAACAUGGUUGCGGAACUUUUCUGGGAGCAGUCCGAGGCCUGGGAGAAGCUCUCAGUUGCACACAUCGAGAGCGUCGCCAACAUGUGCGAGCAGUUCGUCUCUGCUAUUUUGACAUCCAUUGCUCCAACGAACAUCAAAGCUCGUGUUUGGUCGUCCCUGGUUGCCCCAGCCCUCCAGCAGCGUUCCCAAGACGCCCUGAAGGAGCUCGACAAGCUUUUGACUGAUGUCAGGGACUUUCCAAUCAACUACAACCAUUACUACACGGACACUGUUCACACGAAACGGCAACAGCGGAUGCUCGAGCAGCUGGGAGACUUUGUUCCGGAUGACACGAACUGCCCCAUAUGGAAUGCCAGCGCCAAGGACGUCAUCAAGACUGCUGUGAACAAUUGGGGCAAUGCGACCACCGCCGACAUGGAGGAUUUCAGCUGCGAGGAAGCCUUGGACUGCCUGCUUGCCAUCUACCAGGUUCAGCAAAAGACCUUCAUUGCCAACAUCACCACGCAGGUGAUUGAGCGGCACAUCGUCCGCGGCCUACACAACAUAUUCUCGCCCAUGGUCACCCUCAACAUUCCGAGCUCGAAGAUCGAGAGCAUGGUCGCUGAGCCUUCGGUGGCGAAGCGGAAGAGGGACUAUCUGACGGACCAGACCGAGAAGCUGCGAGAAGGCAAGAAGAUAUUUCGUGGCAUCAGCCAGAGCUGA